AUGUCUGCUGUUGCGAAUGCCAGUACUGCCUGGAGGAAGGCCGGGCUCAGUUACAGUUCAUUUCUGGCCAUUGCUGCCAGAACCGUGCGUGAGUCGUUGAAGAAGGAGUUGCAGACGCCAGCUGUGAUGGGCAGAGGCAAGACUGAUGCAGCAUACACCAAGUAUGAGAAGGGCUCUCCAAAGUCCGACCCUAUCCCAUUGCAGGAGUAA